UCGAUCUUCUUUCCUCUGCACGCUCACUCCCAAAUUUCUCAUUUUUCUAUCUUGCUUACCCACAGCCCAGAACAGACCUGAAGCCACAGUUACUAUUUCUGUAUUUCACCACCCUUUAUAUUCAAACCCGUCUCUUCCCUCUGGCGCCCUUCAUCAGAGCUCAAACUUAUACCCAGAAGAUUAAAAGGAGGAGCAGAAGAGAAAGAUACACAGAAGAACUGCCUUCGGCAGUUCAAACUCUGUUUGCUUCGUUGGGCUGUGAUCAAAGUAGCUUUUAGCCAAGACGGGUCUACCGCUGUGGAUGCUUGGGUUCGGCGCGGAUCGCUUGCGAGCCGACAUGAAUCGCUUACUCGCCUUACUGUUCCACCAGGGAGUCCUGGACGAGCAGUUCUUGCAGCUACAACAGCUUCAAGAUGAGACUUCUCCCAACUUUGUUUUCGAGGUCGUCACCAUUUUCUUCCGCGAAUCGGAGAAGCUUCUAAGAAAUCUCAGAGGUCUCUUGUUGGAUAGAGAGUUGUCGGAUUACAAGAAGAUGGAAAUCCAUCUGAACCAAUUUAUGGGGAGUAGCUCCAGUGUAGGAGCUAAGAGGGUCAGAAACGUAUGCGUUGCCUUUCGCGCCGCUUCCGAGCAGAGCAACAGAGCUGGAUGCUUGCGAGCGUUGGAGCUGUUGGAGCACGAAUACUGCUAUCUCAAGAAUAAAUUGCACGAACUGUUCCAACAGCUAGAGCAGCAGAGAGUGAUGGCAGCAGGAGUGAGGUAUCCCAUACAGGGCUGAGACAUUAAUUUAAAGGGAGACCUGUGAGGCUUGAAGUUGGAAGAAAUAUUUCAAUAUUCUGUUUCUGAGUACACCUUUAAACGAAGCUCAAAGAAGAAAAGAAAAGAGGAAAAGGGAGGCCUAACGUCUCUGCCUUUUCUUUAAUGUAGAGUUAUUCUUUGACGCCUGUUGCAUUGUAACUUUGAAUACAAAGAAAUCGUACUUCGAGGGUGAAGAUGCACCUGUGCUUCAAAUAUCA